GGGAUCUGGUUCGGAUAAUGGAACUAAGGUUGGUCCUGUAUAUGAGCGAAGCUCAGAAAUGAGAAAUAGAAUAUGUAAAUCUGAGUAUUGUCACAAAGAUGAAACCGGUAGUAAGAAGUCUGCUGAAGAUGGAUGA